UGUUUUACCGGAGGCUGCGGGAGGCAGCGUGUGUCCAACAACAUUCUUGCUCACCUACCCUUGUAAACUCCUUUCCUCUCUAAUUUCUUCGCCCUGUCGGUCUCUCUCUCCCUUUCUCUCUCUAAAACCCUCGAAGUUCUAAACUUUUCAAUCCCAAAGGAUUUCUCUUUUCUUACAUGUUUCUCACUCUAACACAAUUUUGUGGGGUCCGUCACCAGCCACCAUUUUCAUCGACCUUGACAAUGUGCAUACGGGGCUUUAUCCAACAACCCCCUCACCAACCUCCUCUCUCAUGAGCCCGGAUUUGCCUUAAAGACUUGGUCUUUUUGCUAUUUGCAUUUCUGGGUUCAGUGCAAAUUUCAGCUGAUUGAUUCAUUGAUGGCUGCGAAGGCUGCAUCCAUCUGGGUUUGUGCUAAAACCCCUUAUUCUCAUCAGGGUGUCUCAGAUUUGAGCUCGAACCACUCUGAGUUGGCUUUGAAUUUGAAUUUCCGCAAAUGGGAGUGUUCUUGUUUGGCUGUUGCUUCCGCCCAGAGAGCUAUCACGCCGGUGGAAGAUGAGAAGCCGAGCCUUACCUGCGCCGCCGAGUCUUCAGGUGCAAUGGAACGGAUUGAGGACAAUAAGUCCAGGGAGUUUCACAAGGAUUUGAACCUUCUUCCUAAACCAUUGACAGCAAAUGACUUUUCUCCUCGUGACGGUUCAAAAGUGAGAGUUGCUUAUCAGGGGUUACCAGGGGCAUAUAGUGAGGCCGCUGCAGUAAAAGCUUAUCCGAAGUGUGAGACCGUCCCAUGUGACCAGUUUGAAGCUGCAUUCAAGGCAGUUGAACUUUGGUUGGUGGAUAAAGCAGUUCUUCCCAUUGAGAAUUCUGUAGGUGGAAGCAUCCACCGUAAUUAUGACUUACUACUUCACCACAGACUGCACAUAGUUGGAGAGGUACAAUUGCAAGUGAACCAUUGUCUCCUGGGAUUGCCUGGUGCAAGAAAAGAGGAACUAAAACGUGUUUUAAGCCAUUAUCAGGCUUUUGCUCAGUGUGAGAUGACGCUAAGCAGUUUGGGUAUCAUCAGAAUCAAUACCGAUGACAGUGCUCUGGCUGCACAGAUGGUAGCCUCAACUGGCCUACGAGAUACUGGUGCUGUUGCAAGUGCUCGAGCUGCAAAUAUUUAUGGGCUUGACAUUCUUGCAGAAAAAAUUCAAGAUGAUGACGAUAAUAUCACUCGCUUUUUGAUACUUGGAAGAGAACCGAUAAUUCCAGGGUCUGACCGGCCAUAUAAGACGAGCGUUGUUUUCACUCUUGAAGAAGGUCCUGGUGUACUAUUUAAAGCCUUAGCAGUUUUUGCUCUUAGGGGCAUUAACUUGACAAAGAUAGAGAGCCGCCCACAGAAGCAACGUCCUCUAAGGAUUGUGGAUGAUUCGAAUGAAGGGAGUGCCAAGUAUUUCGAUUACCUCUUUUACAUCGACUUUGAAGCUUCUAUGGCGGAUCCCCGUGCCCAAUAUGCGUUGGAACAUCUGAAGGAAUUUGCAAGGUUUCUUCGUGUCCUUGGUUGCUACCCAAAGGGCACGAUUCCGUAGAAGGCAGUCGUUUCUUGGGCUCAAUUCCGGACAUGCGAACACAGAUCAAGCUUCAAAUGCUGUAUAUAUCUGAAAUUGUGGGCGCUGAAGCCGCAAGCACAGAUCAAACUUCAACGAGGAGACAAAUCCUCGCAAAGCUUCAACAUUUUUCUUUCCUUUUCGACCAUGUAUCAUUCUUUAUUUCCUCCGAACGGGGGUUUUUACUGUUUCUGGACUGUCGUGAUAUCUGGAUACAACAUACACCCAAAGUACAAUCUGUGAACAACACCGCAGGAUUUAUGAAAUACUGAGAUUUGUGUGUUAAGAUUAAA